AUGGUCACCACCACAUCUCUAUCGCCAAUGCAGUCGACCCCGUCCUUUCCUGCAUCACCCUCAUCCGGUCCACGAAAACGCUCAAUACAUGAGGUCGAUGAUGCACACACGCCCUCGCCAAGUGCGAAGCGACCAUUGACCCUAUUCGCCGAUGAAAAUCAGGAAAAUCACGAUACAUCUCUCCACUGCCAGUCCAACGACACUACUUUCCCAUCAGUUCACUUCAAGCACGAAGAUUGCCCUGGUGCUGGGCUAUUAAAGUUCCCAGGCACCAAUGCAGCUUCUAAUACUGAGCCUGAUACCCCGGCCUCCAAGAAACGCAAGGUAGUCUCUGCUGGCACAGAUUCCAAGCAACAAGAAAAAGAAGCCAAAGAGCGCCAGAGGGCCGAGGAGAAGGCGAAGAGGGAGGAGGAGAAAGUGAAGAGAGAGGAGGACAAAGCCAAGAGAGAAGAAGAGAGGCGCCUCAAGGCAGAAGAGAAAAAGAAGCGCGACGCCGAGCGCGACGAGGAGAAACGGCAGAGAGAGGAAGAAAAGCGGAAGAAGGAUGCUCAACGUGAAGAGGAACGCAAGCAGCGUGACGAAAAGAAGAAAGCAAAGGAAGAUGAAAAGGCCGCCAAGGAAGAAGAGAAACGCAAAAAGGACGAGGAGAAGGAGAAGAAGACCCGAUCACAACUGAAAUUAAACUCCUUCUUUGCCAAACCACAGGUACCUUCCGCUUCAUCGGGACAGGUUAUCACCGCUCCGUCGCCUAAAAAGCCAUCUGCUACAGUCGAUCUCUCUCACGAAACCCGCAGUGUGCAGUCAGACUAUGAGCGAGAGUUUCCAGCUUUCUUUUUACAAUCUCAUACAAUUGUGGCACCUCCCCAUCGGUUUGAGCGUGACCCCGAAGCCCUCAAGCACGUACGCGAAACGAUCGAUACAUGUCUACGCAACGAAGACCCCGUCCAAACACAUCCCUUCCGCCCAUCAGAAGUCUUCCAGAUAAUCCCCUUCCAUCGUGGGCGCCAGCCAACGACCUCUGUCAGGGACAUACUAUUCCAACAACAAAGAUCUGACGAUUCAGCUCAGCCUACUCAAAGCCAGAGCGGAAUACGACCUCCGAGGCCAGAAGAACUUCUACGCAAGGUUACGAUGAAGUCUCUCAAGUUUGGCGAGGACAUCCGCCCUCCCUAUCAGGGAACCUAUACUCGUUGCGUGUCCGAGUUAUCCGCCAGAAGACUUGCACGAAAUCCCUAUCACCGAGGGUUGCCAGAUACUGACUACGAUUAUGAUUCCGAGGCGGAGUGGGAAGAACCCGAAGAAGGCGAAGAGCUGGACUCUGAAGAAGAAGAUGAAGGCAGCGAUGAGGGCGAAGAUGAUUUGGAAGGUUUCCUGGAUGACGAAGACGAUGCCCUUGCCGAGGGCAAACGUCGUCUUAUUGUUGGCGAUUUAGAGCCUGUCUCUACUGGGAUUAAGUGGGCUGCCAAUGGAGUUGAGCGUGAAAUGGAAGUAUAUCGGAUGGAAACUAUAUCCGAUGCGGUCAAGUUCCCUAUCGACCCCUUCUCAACUGCAUAUUGGGAGAAACCUAAGCCUGUGGUUAAGCCUAUGGAAGUACCUGCGAAAGCGCGACCUGUGACGGCCUUAGAUGGCUUCCUUGUUCCUGCAGUCCCUGGAACAGUGGCUUUACCUCCCACGUCGAAAGCCAAACAAGCGAAACGGCCGUUCCCACCGGACCAACUCGCAGAAUUCAAGGAAGCAGUUGAAGGUAGUGAUCUGAGUAAGAUUGGAUUAGUCGAGAUCUUAAAGAAAAGGUUGGUUCCCGCAAUGUCCGCUUCUACCGAAGCAUCUGCUGAUCCAGAGGUAUCCAGAUUCCCCAAGGUGUCCAAGGAUACACUCAAAGCCACCCUUGAUCAGGUUGCUGCUCGGGUUGGACAAAAAGAAGUUGAUAAGAAAUGGGUCUGUCGGUGA